AUACACACAUACACACAUACGUACUUACAUACAUCGAUAUCUGUCUGUCUGUCCGUCCGACCAUCCGCCUGUCAGCCUGUCUGACUGUCAGUCUGUCAGUCUGUCAGUCUGUCUGUCUAUCUAUCUGUCUAUCCACCUAUCUAUCUAUCUAUCUAUCUAUCUAUCCGUCCGUGUGUCUGUCUAUCUGUCUGUCUGACUAUCUGUCUGCCUGUCUGCCUGUCUGCCUAUCUAUUGAUUAUCUAUUUAUUUAUCUAUCUUUCUAUACACACAUACACACACACACACACACACACACACACACACACGCACACACACAUGCAUACACAUUUCUCAUUUUCUGAGGACGUUAAAAAAAGCAUUCUUAAUUACAAGUAAGUUUUUUUUCACAUUUUCUAUUUUGUUACUUUCUUCUUUUGUCCAGUAACUGCUCCCCACUUCCUUUCAUCAAUUUUACACACACACACUCUCUCUCUCUCUCUCUCUCUCUUUCUCUUUCUUUCACACACACAUACACAAACACACACACAUACACAAACACACACACUCACUUCACACAUGUAGGCAUGGUCAUAAAUGCAAACAUACCCAUACACUAACUUCCACUUUCCAUUGUGGUGGCAGAGACUUGGGUGCACUUUAUAAUUCUUUCUGUCCCAUUGCGUGUUUGUACCAAACAAUUAUCUAAUAAGAAAAAAAAGGUUUAUAUAAAAGCCCCUAAGACAAUAUAUAUUGUAAAUGUCUCAUGAUCUAAUACAUUGGUCAGAUUAUUUUAGAUUAUUAAGAUUGUAUACUAACUGUUCAUUGUAAAUUGACCUUUCCUCUUCACACACACACACGUGCAUACACACACAUACACAUACGCACAUACAUAUAUAUAUAUACAUAUAUAUACAUAUAUAUACAUAUAUAUACAUACAUAUACAAGUACACAUAUAUGUAUAAAAGUCUAUACUUUCAUCUCACUCUCUUUCUGUAAAUCUAUCUAUCUAUCUAUCUAUAUGCACAUAUAAUGCAGUUACAUUUUAAAUAAAUAUAUAAAGUCAGUUACAUACACACACACACACUCACACUUGCACACACAUACAUACAUGCCCAUACAACCACUCACCCACACAUAUGCACACACACACACACAUACACACACUCAUGCACAUACACACACAAAUAUAUGUAUAUAUACAUGUAUAUGGUAUAUAAAUAUUUCAACUAAUAGCUGAUAUACUGUCCCAGAGUGGUUACUGUUUUUUUAUUUUAUUUUAUUUUAUUUUACUAUUAAUUUUUUUUUUGUUUUUGGUCCAUCAGUUUUUGUCCAAUGAACUGGUGUUUUAUCUGUGACCACUACCAGUCAGUAUUAAUCACCCAGUAUAUACUAGCAUCAAAGCAAUGAUCAGUACACACUAACACGCGAGUAAGUAUCCAGUUGAUUGCCGCACGCACUGCUCUUAACAAUGGAUAACGACACUGUUUUGGUAAGACACUGAAAAAACACAACAACAACAUUUCUGGAUUAUAUUUACUAGUUUGCUGGAAGAUAAAAAGGGAUUAAACACAUCAAUGGAUUUAGGCCUUCACUGAAAUUGUUGAGUGAUGUUUGGAAUAUUAUCAAAUGCAUCAUUGGAUUUUACAAGGUUUUGGGAUUGGUGGAUGCUGAUAAGAGACUAAAAUACAUCCUUGGAUUCUUCUAGUUACUUCGAUUGUGAAAGUAGAAGAUGAUGAUUUUAAUAUUACAAACAAAAAGAAGGAUUAAGAAAGAAAUGGAUAUUAAAAGGAAUAGAGUUCAAUCCCUUACGAAGACAGCAAUUUCAUCAUGAGUUACUUUACUCUAUAAUAGAAAUAAAAUUAAAUUAAAAAAUAACAAAAAUAACUUUCAAAGAAGAAAAUACACAUAAAAAAAAACGAUGGAGGAGUGCAAUUCACAUUUGGAAUUGGCAGCUUCCACAAGUUUACAGAGGACAGAAUCCAGAUACACGUGCUUCUUCAUCCCGGGAUCGCUAUUCAGCUCAUUCACACUGCAGCUUAGCAAGUCCUGAAGACUCUGGUACAGAUGAAGGCAUUGAAGAAAUUCCCAGUACCUCUUAUGCAGUGGAGAACAAUUCAGUAGCCACAUCUGCAAUCACAAACUCUAUGGCUACAAUAGUAGAUACUAACUCUAUUACUACUGUUGUAGAAACCAAUUCUGUGGCUGUCCGUAAAAGCAGUAGUCGCUUUGAUCCAAAGUAUGAGGAGAAAAAACGGAAAUACAAACAUCGAUCAAAAGUUAUUAAAUACAUACUGUUUGUAUUGAAUUUGUUUUCAUGGGUUGUAGCAGUUAUAGCAAUUGUGAUUAGUUAUUAUAUUCUCUUAGGAACAAAAAAAGUUGUGACUGACGCUAUAGAUUUUAUUUUGGACCCUGCCAUUGUCCUUUUUAUAGUAGCAUCAAUAACAUGUAUUAUGGCUGUAUUUGGAUGUAUUGGAACCAUUAAAGGGAAUAGGUAUUUACUAAGAGUGUUUUACAUUAUGCUUGGCUUUAUGAUAAUCAUAGAGUUAAUUUUUGGAGUACUUAUUUGGUUGUUAUUCUCUGCCCCUGUGUCCACAGAGAAGUUUAUGGAUCGUCCCCGACAGCGUCUCACACUAGCUUUGCAUAAAUACAAAGAUGAUAGAAAAUUAAAGGCUUGGAUUGAUAGUAUACAAACUGAGUUUAAAUGCUGUGGCAUAUCUCACAGUGAAUAUGGUUAUAGAGAUUGGCAAGCUAAUAUCUAUUUCAACUGCUCUCGGUUUAAUCCAAGUUCAGAACGAUGUGCAGUACCAAUGUCUUGUUGUAUUUUUAAAUAUGGUGAUUUAAGAAAUGAAAUGUGUGGCUUUGAUAUCACAAAUAAAGAGAGACAUGCAGUUAAUCAUCGAAUCUACACUCAAGGCUGUCUUAAAGGCUUUCGGAACUGGUUUCAUAAGAAUGAGAUCCUCAUCACCAUUCUAGCAGCUUUGUUUAUUGCCCCACAGAUGGCCAUUGUUUUAUUAGCAAGAACUCAAGUCAAAUUCAUGAGAUAUAAGAUAUCAACAGUUAAACCACCUGCACAGCUUUGAUAUACGCUUGAAAAACAAAAUAACUAGUAACAAAUUAAAAAGCAAGUGAUAUUAUGAGGGCACUAACACUGAAAUCCAAUAUGCACGUUCUGUGUGAAGACAAUAAGAAAGGGGAAUAUUUAGGAACAGGGAUAUUUAUUAAAGUAAAUAAUAAAAAGCAGCAAAACAUUUUCUGUCACCAAGUAAUUAAUAUUAAUUACAAAUCUUCCAAAAAUUU